UCAGGUGUUCGACGAAAUUAUUCUUCAGACGUCAUUGAUCACGUGCUGCUGAUAAAGGGACACUGCUUUGAAUUAUACCGCUUAGGGACUUCAGUACAUGCCUCAUAGCUCCAGUCUCAAACUUAACCCCGUUCCUGCUGAAGAAGAGGGGGGUCUGCUGGAUGGAGAAAGAAGCUCUCGUGAAAGAAGAGGAGGAGGAGGAGGAGGAAGAGGCUGUUACAAUACAAAAACAAGUAGAGGUUGAGGCUGUUACCGGGAAAGCAGAAGAGAAAGACGUCUCAGUUAAAAAAGAGGAAGACUCGUUCAGAGUUAAAGAGGACGACGACGUUUCAGUGAAAGAAGAGGAGGGGGAAGUGACUGUCACAUCGAAAAAUGAAGAAGAGGAAACUGGAUAUCUGGGCCCGGUUUCCCAAGCGCAUCUCAAGGCGUCGGAUGGUUCUAACGAUGAACGGGCACUGAUUAAUACUAGAGAGAGACGUGACUAUCGUGGAUCCUCUGGGGGGCCUCAACAACCUCAUGAUGCUGACGAGGCAGAGAAGAGUCUCUCCACGUCACAACACCAGCAGAGACCCACAGGGAAGAAAUCUCAUUGCUGCUCUGACUGUGGGAAAGGUUGCAAAUCUUCAUCAGAACUUAAAAUGCACCAGAGAAUACACACAGGAGAGAAACCUUAUAGCUGUGAUCAAUGUGGGAGGAGUUUUACUACAUCUAGUGGUCUGACAAUACACCAGAGGACACACACAGGAGAGAAACCUUAUAGCUGUGGUCAAUGUGGGAGGAGUUUUACUACAUCUAGCGGUCUGACAAUACACCAGAGAAAACACACAGGAGAGAAACCUUAUAUCUGUGAUCAAUGUGGGAAGAGUUUUGUUCAAGCUAGCCAUCUGACUCAACAUCAGAGAACACACACAGGAGAGAACCCUUAUAGCUGUGAACAAUGUGGGAAGACUUUUCCUACAUCUAGCCAGCUGACUUCACACCAGAGAACACACACAGGAGAGAAAUCUUAUAGCUGUGAUCAAUGUGGGAGGAGUUUUGUUCAAGCUAGCCAUCUGAGUCAACACCAGAUAACACAUACAGGAGAGAAGCCUUAUAUCUGUGAUCAAUGUGGGAAGAGUUUUGGUCAAGCUAGCCAUCUGACUCAACACCAGAGAACACACACAGGAGAGAAGCCUUAUAUCUGUGAUCAAUGUGGGAAGAGUUUUGGUCAAGCUAGCCAUCUGACUCAACACCAGAGAACACACACAGGAGAGAAACCUUAUAGCUGUGAUCAAUGUGGGAAGACUUUUCCUACAUCUAGCCAGCUGACUUCACACCAGAGAACACACACAGGAGAGAAGCCUUAUAUCUGUGAUCAAUGUGGGAAGAGUUUUGUUCAAGCUAGCCAUCUGACUCAACACCAGAGAACACACACAGGAGAGAAGCCUUAUAGCUGUGAUCAAUGUGGGAAGUGUUUUCUAACAUCUAGCCAGAUGACUUCACACCAGAGAACACACACAGGAGAGAAACCUCAUAGCUGUGAUCAAUGUGACAAGAGAUACUCUGAUAAAAGAUCUCUGAUCAAACAUCAGAAAAUACAUACAUGAAGUUGUUUCAUGAUAUCAAUGGAAUAAUGUCACAUUGUAGAAUGUUUUAACAUUGUAGUGGGAGUAUUUUAACGAGGUCACAAUGUAGAAUGUUUUAACACUGUAAUAGGAGUAUUUUAAUGAUGUCACAAUGUAGAAUGUUUUAACAUUGUAGUAGGAGUAUUUUAAUGAUGUUCUACCUUAUCGUUUGCCCUGUUCAAUUGAUUGCAGCAUGAUAUGGAUAUUAGCCUCAGGGGAAAAUCCAGGCUCUGAAUUGAAAUAGUAUUAUUUAACAAAAAGUGAGUAACAAGAAAAGAGCUGUGUUACACUUACUGCGUUGGUGACCCACUUUAAUCAAAAUGUAGCACUUCAAAAUGUAGCUAGCUGUUUUCUACAAGUUGAAAAAGCUGCUUGUUUAAGAAUGACAUGUAAGAUGAUAAUUGUUGCAGAUGUUUGUGUAUAUACACACAUGAAAGCAGUAUAAUAAAUUGGUCUAUAAUCAAUUUUAUUAA